GUGAACCCUGGUUGUGUCCAGAUCGUUGAACCUCCCCCUGCCUCAUCAUUGCUUGUUUCAGGGACAUCUUUUGGAAAUUAUCUCACCUUGGUCUCAGGGUGUUCUUCUUGAAACUAUAAGCUGCAAAAUCCUGCCGACUGGCAGACCGUCAAAAUGGCGAUGCAACUUGAUUUGUCUCAAGCUUCUAUUAUGAAAGAUGAACAGGGUCGGCCGUUCAUCAUUGUCCGAGAUCAGGGAAAGAAGAAGAGACAGCACGGCACCGAGGCCGUGAAAUCACACAUUGUCGCUGCCAAGACCGUCGCCAACAUCGUGAAGACUUCUUUGGGUCCCCGCGGUCUUGACAAGAUUCUGAUCUCCCCGGAUGGUGAUAUCACGGUUACCAACGAUGGCGCAACUAUCCUUUCCCAGAUGGAAAUUACAAACAACGUUGCCAAGCUCUUGGUAGAGCUCUCAAAGUCUCAGGACGAGGAGAUCGGUGACGGUACAACCGGUGUCGUUGUCCUGGCCGCGGCUAUGCUCGAGCAGGCGGCCGAGCUGAUCGACAAGGGAAUCCACCCCAUUCGUAUUGCGGACGGAUACGACCAGGCUUGUGAGAUUGCUGUUGCUCAGCUCGACGAGAUUAGCGACGAGAUCCCCUUCACCAAAGAAGAUACCGAGAACCUACUCAAGGUUGCGAAGACCAGUCUUGGUAGCAAAAUUGUCUCGAAAUCUCACGACCAAUUCGCCAAGAUCGCCGUCGAUGCGGUGCUUUCAGUUGCGGAUCUCGAGCGCAAGGAUGUUGAUUUCGAACUGAUCAAGGUAGACGGAAAGGUUGGCGGUGCUCUGGAGGACUCGCUCCUCGUCAAAGGUGUUAUUGUGGAUAAGGAUUUCUCUCACCCCCAGAUGCCCGACGAGGUUACAGAUGCCAAGCUGGCGAUCUUGACCUGCCCGUUCGAGCCCCCCAAGCCGAAGACGAAGCACAAGCUCGACAUCACAUCCGUCGAAGAGUUCAAGAAGCUGCAAGACUACGAACGAGAGAAGUUCACAGAGAUGAUCCAGCACUUGAAAGACUCGGGCGCCAACCUGGUGAUCUGCCAGUGGGGUUUCGACGACGAAGCAAACCACCUUCUACUCCAGAACAAGCUUCCUGCCGUCCGGUGGGUCGGUGGUCCCGAAAUUGAACUCAUUGCCAUUGCUACGAAUGGACGGAUUGUCCCUCGUUUUGAGGACCUGAGCCCGGAGAAACUGGGAACCGCAGGUCGCGUGCGGGAGAUGACAUUCGGUACCACUCGGGAGAAGAUGCUUGUCAUUGAAGAGUGUGCCAACAGCCGUGCCGUUACAAUUUUCGUACGGGGAAGCAACAAGAUGAUCAUUGAUGAAGCCAAGCGCUCGCUACACGAUGCCCUCUGUGUCGUCCGAAACCUCGUCAGAGAUAACCGGGUUGUAUAUGGUGGUGGUGCUGCUGAAAUUGCUUGCUCUCUCGCCGUGGAGGAAGCUGCUGUGAAGAGCCCCGGCAUUGAGCAAUACGCCAUGCGCGCGUUUGCCGAUGCGCUCGAUGCGGUGCCCUUGGCAUUGGCCGAGAAUUCGGGUCUGAGCCCGAUCGAGACACUUGCGGCGAUCAAGUCGCGCCAGGUUAGGGAGAAGAACUCCCGGUUGGGUGUCGACUGCAUGUUGACUGGCAACAACGAUAUGAAAGAGCACUUUGUCAUUGAUCCUCUGAUCGGCAAGCGCCAGCAACUUUUGCUGGCUACUCAGCUCUGCCGCAUGGUUCUUAAGAUCAACAACGUCAUCAUUGCCGGUGAUGAAAGUCAGGAGUUUUAGAUUGUCUUGAUAUCAACUAGCAUAAUUGUCCCGGCUGGUCGUGCUGGGGAGGUAAUGUACCUAUGUGAUUCUAUGUCUAGUGUAGAACAUGGCGGAUGCAUAGAGAAAAAUGUCCAAACGAACGAAACUGAUGACACUUAUACCUAGCAUUUGUACUGUGGUGUGCAGAUGUCGAUUGCAUCUCGUGCCCUCAUUAUUGCUAUAGCCAUUGACCAGAGGCCAAGCGCAGCAUAAAUUUUUCGGACUACAGCCAAGACCAGCCGUUGUAGCAAGUAGCAAGAUCU